GUGAGCGGAAUUCCACGGUCUUGGAAACAGAGGCACAAUGACGAAAUGUAAACUAUAGUACUCCUGCAGUAAAGUGGAGAAUAUCAUCUUCAAUAUCAUGGCACGGUGGGGUUCGAAGAAAAUUUGUGUGUAUUGCUUCUGUUUUUCAACGUUGUUUUUCCUUAUAAUUACAUUCCAGGUAGUCACGGAACUUGGACAGUUUGAAAAAAAGAAGUUGCUGAAGUCUCUGCUCAAAGGAAACCAGCAAGGUGUGGCCUUUCGUGGAGCCUUUCUGAGCAAAAAGAGUCUUGACAAUAUGAAACAUCAUAAUCCAGGAAUUUCAUACCCUAUCCUUGUCUGGUGGUCACCACUUACUGGUGAGACAGGCAGAAUAGGCAAAUGUGGAGAAGACACGUGUUUCUUCACCAUUAAUCAAACCUUUUAUAAUCAUAAGAUGACUCAGGCAUUCUUGUUUUAUGGUACAGACUUUAACAUUAAAAGUCUUCCACUUCCUCGUAAACCAACACAUCACUGGGGCCUGUUUCAUGAAGAGUCUCCAAAAAACAACUAUAAACUUUUCCAUGAGCCAGCUAUUACACUUUUUAAUCACACUGCAACAUUUAGCAAUAACUCUCACAUGCCUCUCACCACACAAUACCUGAAAAGUGUACAGACUUUGACAUCCCAAACUUAUUUUGUUAAUUUGUCGGAAAAGAAGAGUUUGCGACAGAAGCUGGCUCCAUUGGUAUAUGUGCAGUCGGAUUGCAAUCCUCCCUCUGAUAGAGACAGCUAUAUUCAAGAGCUUAUGAAGUACAUUAAAGUAGACUCUUAUGGGGAAUGUUUGCACAACAAAGACCUUCCUGCUGACCUUAACAGUUCCUUGGCAAUGGACAAUGACCAUUUUUUUAGGAUCCUGGCAAAGUAUAAGUUCAGUCUUGCUUUUGAGAAUGCUGUUUGUGAUGACUACAUCACUGAAAAACUUUGGCGACCCCUCUCUCUUGGGGUGGUUCCUGUUUACUAUGGGGCCCCCAAUGUUGUGGACUGGCUGCCUAGUAAUAAAAGUGCCAUUCUUGUUAAAAAAUUUUCUUCACCACAGGAACUGGCUGAGUAUAUUAAAUAUUUAGAUGAAAAUGACACUGCAUAUGAGGUGUACUUGAAGUGGAAAAAGAAAGGUGAAAUAUCAAACAAGAAACUCUUUUCUGAGAUAAAGCGUCGCCGAUGGGGUGUUCAGGAUGUUUUCCAGGAUAAUUACAUUGAUGCAUUUGAAUGCAUGGUUUGUAACAGAGUGUGGGAAAAUGCCAAGAGAAAAGAGCAGGGUUUGGCUCCAAUGUUAUGGCAGGCUCAAGCACACCAUCUUAGCUGCCCAGCUCCCAAAGCCUUCUCAUUCUCAACAGAUCACACCAAGCAGUCCCCACUACAUGAGAUAUGGCUACCAAGUUUUGAGCAAUCUAAGAAGGAAGCAAUUGCACUUAGAGCUCUGGUUGAGAGAAAUAAAAAUUUUACAGCUCAAGAAUUCUGGAAGCUGGUUUUUAAGAACUAAGUUGAGUCCAGUUUUUCGACCAGUGUGUUAACUACCACUUGCUGCACUUCAGGAUAGCAUGGCAUGCCUGGAAAAUCAAUGUUAACACUCCUCUUCAAAGAGAAAUAUUUAUGUGGCUUGUAAUUGCCUAUGAAUUGAUUUUACAUAGCACAAGCCUGCCAUACAUAGCUUUGAAGCUGCUCAUUGGGACUUUUUGACUUAUAAUAGAAGCAUUUGUCCUUGGAUUGUUUGUUCUGCACCUGUCUGACAACAGGAGUUCUGUUAGAGCAUCACUAACUAAUGACAGAUAAUGGAUACAGUGUUUGCAAGCAUUAACAAAUAUGCCAGCAGACACAUGGACUAGACAUGUUUCCUAAGGAAGAUUUUAAUUAACAUUUUUUAAGGAACAUGUAAGUUGCUUUAAGAUUUGUUAUAUCUUUUAAUAUGAUGAGAAUUUUAUUUUGUAUGCAUAUGUUUCCAGAAUUUAUAUCAAUAAAGAACCAUGAUAAA